ACUGAUAAUGACAAUUUAAGUGAUAUUGUAUAAGUUCUAAAAAAGAUCAAUCAUCAAAGGCUUAUUGCCUUUGGAAAUUAUGACCUCUAUCCAUCAAAUUAUCACAAAAAGUUUGUAGAGACCAAUGAAUGCGAAACCUAGUAGUUUCAUCCAAAUCCGUUAAUGAAUUCAACGAUCAACAAUUAUGCAAAGAUUAUCACAUCAAUUACAAACGACUACUUACUUAAUUAAUUAAUAGUACUGCAGAGGUUUUGUGCCAAUAUGUUCUUUGAUGAAAUACGGCGCGGCGCAUGCUCCUUUCAAACGACGUGGAUCGAUAAGCAAGUGUUUGGACUUUAGUGACUGCAUGUCACGCAAGUAAUUGUGAUCCUAUUUUUAUUUGUAUUAAUUAAGUAGGAUUUUAGUUUCAUAGUGUGCUAGUUAGCCGGUGAAGUGGCCGUGGAAGGGGAGAAUCAAGCUGUGGCGGGGGGCGUCGGCCUCGCCGUGAGUAGUAAGGUAUACCCCAGCCCGGGGGCGGCGCGCGGCGUCUGGGCGCUGCCGCAGCCGCCCCCGUGCACCAUGGCGGCCGAGGAGGCUCUGCCCCCGUGCUCGCCCAUGUCGCCCGACGCGCCCGCAGCGCCUCCAAGGACCAUCACCAGCUUCAACCAUCAUUCCGAUCUUCACCAACUCAUAUUUGAAGCUGUGCGCUCCGGUGAAGUAUCAGAGAUCGAGCGUCUAGUGGAGAAGCUGGGGGUGGAAGUGCUGAGCGCCCGCGACCAGCACGGCUACACCCCCGCGCACUGGGCGGCGCUGGACGGCAGCGUUGCCGUCAUGCGCUACCUCGUCGAGCGCGCCGCGCCCGUCGACCUGUCCUGCCUCGGCACUCAAGGUCCACGUCCCAUCCACUGGGCUUGCCGCAAAGGCCACGCUUCUGUGGUCCAAGUUUUAUUGCAAUCAGGAGUAGCUGUUAACGCGGCAGACUUCAAAGGUUUAACACCGCUAAUGACAGCCUGUAUGUAUGGGAAAACGGCUACAGCAGCCUACUUGCUAGGCAUGGGCGCUGCCACCAGGCUCUCAGACAUCAAUGGAGACACCGCACUGCACUGGGCAGCGUACAAAGGCCACGCAGAUUUGGUCCGUUUGCUGAUUUACUCAGGAGUCCCUUUGCACUGUACGGACAACUUCGGUUCCACGCCGCUGCACCUGGCGUGCUUGUCAGGCAAUCUGACCUGCGUCAGGCUGCUUUGCGAAAAGGUGAAGGCAGAACUAGAGCCUCGGGACAAGAACGGCAAGACGCCUCUCAUGCUGGCCCAGAGCCACCGUCACGCCGAAGUGGUGAAGCUUCUCCAGAAGGAGAUGAAGCGCAAGUCCCAUUGGAUGCCGCCGCUGUCGGAACUGUGGGCGCUGCUGUUCGGAGGCGCCGGGGACUCCAAGGGACCGCUGCUGUUCUUCUUGGUCUCCGUACUUUUGUGGGCCUACCCGAUGUAUGUUAUUCGCUGCAUACCCCUAACCUGGAACACUCUACGCCUAUCGCACUACUGCUUCCUCUACUGGAACGCGAUCAUGUGGCUGAGCUGGGUGAUCGCCAACCGGCGCGACCCGGGCUACAUCCCGCAGAACUCCGAGACCUACUACCGCGCCAUCCGCCAGAUACCGUACUACGACAAGUGGAAGAAACGGAACGUGAUCCUCUCACGGCUGUGCCACACUUGCCGGUGCUUGAGGCCGUUGAGAGCGAAACAUUGCCGCAUCUGCAAGCGUUGCGUGGCAUACUUCGACCACCACUGCCCCUUCAUAUACAACUGCGUGGGAGUGCGGAAUCGAAUGUGGUUCUUUCUGUUCGUAAUGAGUGUGGCCAUCAACUGCACUCUCUCAAUAUACUUCGCCUGCUACUGUCUCCUGCUGGAAGGCUUCGGUCUUCUCUACGUCCUAGGCCUACUGGAAGCUAUCACCUUCUGCGCACUUGGCUGGAUACUCACCUGCACAUCUAUACUGCACGCCUGCAUGAACUUGACAACGAACGAAAUGUUCAACUACAAAAGAUACCCGUAUCUUCGCGACAAGAGAGGACGCUACCAGAAUCCCUUUUCUAGGGGCCCAAUAAUGAAUCUGAUCGAAUUCUUUGUGUGCCUUCCUGACAAGUGUGAUGAGCAAGACUUUUUCCACGAAGAGACCAUAUGAUGUGAAAUUACUGAACCAGGAAAAAACAGAUCGAAUAGGACUAAAGAAAGUAUGCACGAUAUGUGGCCAACACCGGCGCAAUCAGCAAUUAAUUUUAAUAAUUAACACCAGCUUAAUUAUAGUCACUUGAUCUCUUUAUAAAUGCAAGGGGCUGGCAAAUAAUAGGGUAUUAUUAUGGUGAUAAUUACGCAGGUUUCAUAAUUUACAUAAUACUUAAUAGCUAUGUUUCAUUAUUUAUAAGUUGGUUGAACUAAGUUCAUAUGUGAUGCAAAUUUUCUUGUAAGGUGAAUGUAAUAAUGUUAACUUAACCUUACUUAUUGACUUGACGUAUUUAUUAUGCUGUAAGCAAAAAAUAUAACUUAAGUUACGCUAGCGUUAACGCUAACGUUAAGCUAGCAGCACUCGAGAGUUAAGUUUUCAUAAUUUUUCAACAUAAUUUUAUGAAGUAAUUCAGAAUUUUUGGUGCCGACUGUACCUGCCUAUAUUACCUACCCAAUUUUUCCGAAUAAAUAUAAAAUUUUAUGUGCAUUUAUGUGAAAUGUUAAGCCAUGAUGUCAUUAAAUUUCCUCACGAUAGCUAUAUUACAAAAACACCGGUAUUUUGUAUCAUUAGAGUUGCGCAAUGUUGCUGUACUAGCUUAAUUACGAAAUUGAAUGA